UCUCGUCUCUUUCCUGAGAAACAAACGGAAAGCCCAGAUGAGAGCGCUAAAGCCACUGAUUCAGCUCCCCAGAAAUUUCAGCAACAAACCCUUUCUUUCUCCAGUCCAUAGAGGAGAUAUCACGAGAAUGUUAGUGUCGAAAAGGUGCAUAUCUACAUACACGGAAGAACCGGAUAUGAGAGACUUUAUGGAGUACAUGGAAUCCCUGAAGAACUACGAGAAAUCCGGUGUGCCAAAGGGGGCGGGUACGGAUUCCGACGAAGGGUUCGAUCUGGGUCGGAUGAGGCGCCUCAUGGACCGUCUGGGCAACCCGCAGUCCAAGUUCAAGGCAGUGCAUAUUGCCGGGACAAAGGGAAAAGGAUCUACUGCUGCUUUUGUUUCAAAUAUUCUUCGUGCAGAAGGGUAUUCAGUUGGUUGUUAUACUAGCCCACAUAUCCUGAGUAUAAGGGAACGCAUGUCAUUAGGAAAAUCCGGUCAGCCAGUGUCUGCAAAGGCAUUGAAUUGUCUUUUCCAUGAGGUUAAACAGACUCUUGAUCAGGCAAUUGAAGAUGAAAAUGGUUGCCUGAGUCACUUUGAGGUUCUUACAGCUAUGGCGUUCACCUUAUUUGCCAAAGAGAAUGUUGACAUUUCAGUUGUCGAGGCUGGGUUAGGAGGUUCGAGGGAUGCUACGAAUAUUAUUAGCCAUACGGGACUAGCUGCAUCUGUCAUAACAACUAUAGGUGAAGAGCACUUGGCAGCACUAGGUGGUUCGUUGAAAAGCAUUGCAUUGGCGAAGUCUGGAAUCAUCAAACAAGGUCGCCCAUUGGUUCUAGGUGGGCCCUUUCUUCCCCAUAUUGAGGCUAUUCUACGUGACAAAGCUUCGUCGAUGUCUUCACCCGUCAUAUCUGCAUCUGAUACUGGAAUCGGGAGUAUAAUGAAAGAAGUCAUUGUUUACAAAGGUAGACCUUGCCAGUCUUGUGACAUGAGGAUUCAAGCAGAGGGCGACUUUAAGCUGUUUACCGAGUUAUUUGAUGUAAACCUAUCCAUGCUUGGUCGUCAUCAACUUCAGAAUGCAGUAACUGCAGCAUGUGUGGCACUCUGCCUCCGUGAUCAAGGAUGGAGAUUGUCGGAUGAAUCAAUUCGGGCUGGCUUAGAGAAUACUUACUUGCUAGGGAGAAGCCAGUUUUUAUCAGCCAAGGAAGCUGAGGCUUUAGGACUAUCAGGAGCGACAGUACUGCUUGAUGGAGCACACACGAAAGAAUCUGCUAAAGCUUUGAUGGACAUGAUACAAAUGACAUAUCCAGACACACCAUUGGCUCUUGUUGUAGCAAUGGCUAAUGAUAAGGAUCAUUUGGGUUUUGCAAGAGAACUUCUUUCAGGCAUGCAAUUAGAAGCUGUCUACCUAACGGAAGCUGACAUUGCUGGGGGCAAAUCGCGAACAACUUCACCUUCCUUGUUACGAGAUUGUUGGAUCAGAGCCUCGAAAGAAUUGGACAUCAAUAUUCUUCAUGACGAAAUGGCUGAAUACCAAGAAUUAUCCAAAGAUCAACUUUCGCCCGCGAUAAUAUUGGCUGCCGAAAACUCUCCCCUGUUUUCCAUGAGAAUGGUAAAUCAGAUUCUUAGAAAACGAACGGGAGAUGGCUCGGGUAUUAUCGUAGUCACAGGUUCUCUGCAUAUAGUUUCUCUAGUAUUAGCUUCUCUGCAGCUCUAAUGCCUGGUUCUUACUCAAAUCAACUCUUGUAUUCAAGUUUGUGAUCUCAAAGCUUAAGAAGUUCAGAUUUUGUUUGUUUUAGUAUUGCAUAUUUAUGAAAUAAGCAAAGUAUAAUAUA